CAGUCCGACCAGUGCAGCGGCCUCAAACACCCACCCACACACGCAGGCACGACGCAGCGGCGGCGGCGGCGGCGACGACAGUAGCAGCGCAGCGGCGAGACACCCUCGACCCGACCCGACGCACGGCGGAGGCGUACCGACAUGAACGGGAUGAAUAGCAUGGAAUACGGCGGCGACGGCUACAUGGAGCAGGAAGAAGAGUGGGAACGGGAGGGGCUGUUAGACCCCGCCUGGGAGAAGCAGCAGAAAAAGACCUUCACCGCGUGGUGCAACUCGCACCUGCGCAAGGCCGGCACGGGCAUCGAGAGCAUCGAGGAGGACUUCCGCAACGGCCUCAAGCUGAUGCUGCUGCUCGAGGUGAUCUCGGGCGAGACGCUGCCCAAGCCCGACAGGGGCAAGAUGCGCUUCCACAAGAUCGCCAACGUCAACAAGGCGCUCGACUUCAUCGCCUCCAAGGGCGUCAAGCUCGUCUCCAUCGGCGCCGAGGAAAUCGUGGACGGCAACCUGAAGAUGACGCUGGGCAUGAUCUGGACCAUCAUCCUGCGCUUCGCCAUCCAGGACAUCAGCGUGGAGGAGAUGACGGCCAAGGAGGGGCUGCUGCUGUGGUGCCAGCGCAAGACGGCGCCCUACAAGAACGUCAACGUGCAGAACUUCCACCUCAGCUUCAAGGACGGCCUCGCCUUCUGCGCGCUCAUUCACCGACAUCGGCCAGAUCUCAUUGAUUACCAUAAGCUGAGCAAGGACAAUCCUCUGGAGAAUCUCAACACAGCCUUCGAUGUUGCGGAGAAGUACUUGGACAUCCCGCGCAUGUUGGACCCUGAUGGCGGAAACUGCUGCUAAUCGCAUCUGCAAAGUUUUGAAGGUGAACCAGGAGAACGAGAGGUUGAUGGAAGAGUAUGAACGUCUAGCCAGUGACCUGCUGGAGUGGAUCCGACGCACCAUGCCAUGGCUCAACAGCCGCCAGACUGACAACUCAUUGGCUGGUGUACAGAAGAAAUUGGAAGAGUACCGUACUUACCGCCGCAAGCACAAGCCCCCUCGCGUUGAGCAGAAGGCCAAGUUGGAAACCAACUUCAACACUCUUCAGACCAAGCUGCGUCUCUCCAACAGACCGGCCUACAUGCCCACCGAGGGCAAGAUGGUUUCGGACAUCGCCAAUGCAUGGAAAGGCUUGGAGACUGCAGAAAAGGCAUUUGAGGAAUGGCUCCUGGCUGAGAUGAUGAGGUUGGAGCGCCUGGAGCACUUGGCCCAGAAGUUCAAGCACAAGGCUGACGCGCACGAGGAGUGGACCACAGGCAAAGAGGAGUUGCUGCAGUCACAAGACUUCCGCCAGUGCAGGCUGAACGAGCUCAAGGCCCUCAAGAAGAAGCACGAGGCCUUUGAGAGUGACCUUGCUGCACACCAGGACCGCGUGGAACAAAUCGCUGCCAUCGCUCAGGAACUUAACACCUUGGAAUACCACGAUGCAGCUUCUGUGAACGCCCGCUGCCAGCGCAUUUGCGACCAGUGGGAUCGCCUGGGAUCGCUGACCCAGCGACGACGUGGUGCCCUGGAAGAAGCGGAGAAGAUUCUGGAGAAGAUCGACAUUUUGCAUUUGGAGUUCGCGAAGCGCGCUGCUCCUUUCAACAACUGGUUGGACGGCACCAGGGAGGAUCUGGUGGACAUGUUCAUUGUCCACACCAUGGAGGAAAUUCAGGGCCUCAUUGAUGCCCAUGGGCAGUUCAAGGCUACCCUUGGAGAGGCCGAUAAGGAGUUCAAUGCCAUUGUUGGACUGGUACGCGAGGUCGAAGCUACUGCUUCCAAAUACCAGGUUCCUGGAGGCCUCAACAACCCGUACACCACUCUCACAGCCAACGAGCUGACGCGCAAGUGGACAGAGGUGCGGCAGCUGGUUCCCCAGAGGGACCAGACCCUGCAGAACGAGCUUCGCAAGCAGCAAAACAACGAGAUGGUUCGCCGGCAGUUUGCCGAGAAGGCCAACGGUGUGGGGCCAUGGAUCGAGCGGCAGAUGGACGCUGUCACUGCCAUCGGCAUGGGUCUGCAGGGCUCGUUGGAAGACCAGCUGCUGCGGCUGCGUGAAUACGAACAGGCUGUGUACGCAUACAAGCCACAUAUUGAGGAGCUGGAGAAGAUUCACCAGGCUGUACAGGAAGGCAUGAUCUUUGAGAACAGGUAUACACAGUACACCAUGGAGACGCUGCGGGUGGGCUGGGAGCAGCUGCUGACCUCAAUCAACAGGAACAUCAACGAGGUAGAGAACCAGAUCCUCACCAGAGACUCCAAGGGGAUCACGCAAGAGCAGCUCAACGAGUUCCGCGCUUCCUUCAACCACUUCGACAAGAACCGCACCGGCCGCCUCGCCCCAGACGAGUUCAAGAGCUGCCUCGUUUCCUUGGGCUACUCUCUUGGCAAAGAUCGUCAGGGUGACAUUGACUUCCAGAGAAUCCUGGCUGUUGUGGAUCCGAAUGGCACAGGCUAUGUCCACUUUGACGCCUUCCUUGACUUCAUGACACGUGAAAGCACUGACACCGAUACUGCAGAACAAGUCAUUGACUCCUUCCGUAUCUUGGCUGGUGACAAGCCGUACAUCCUGCCUGACGAGUUGAGACGUGAACUGCCCCCUGACCAGGCCGAGUACUGCAUCCAACGCAUGCCUCCCUUCAAGGGCCCCAACGCGACUCCCGGAGCCUUGGACUACAUGGCUUUCAGCACUGCGCUCUACGGGGAGUCCGACUUGUAGAGCGGCUGAUGAUGUGAUGCGAUAAGGCGAUGCGACGACAUCUUAUGCCUUGCCUCACUCUAACCUUCGCCUGGUCGGCACCAAACUGUUGUUUUUAUUUAAAUCUACAGAAUGUUUAUUAUAUUAUAAUAAUAAUUAUUAUUUUUUUGCUGUGUACAAUAUUUGAAGAAACAUGGUAUACAUAGUGUGGCUAAGGAGUCUGUACACACUUUAUCAUAGUAGUUCUGUUCUCAUCUCAAUAAAUUACUAUAUAUUUUUGAUUAAAUAGUUUUGUCGUACAUUUUAAGUUGUAUUUCACACUGUAAAGAAUGCUGUGUAUUCGAAUUUGUUUUCUUUUGUUAUUUCCAGAUUGCCAGUUAUUUUCAUUAGCUAUUUUCAUUUUCAAAUUUGCUAUUCAGUAAAUAAUGUUUAAAGAGAUUCUUUAUUUAUAACGAAACUCGUUUACUGGUAAUGAAAUAACACCAAAGAUUUCAUUCAUAAACAAAGGAAUUUCAAAAUAAUAUUCUCAUUUCUGUUAUCGUUAUUUUCAUCUUGAUAAGUAAAUGGUAAUGUGUGCCCAGACGUCGUAGCUAUACUCUGUAUAUAUUUAACCAGUGGUGAUUAGGAGAGGGAAGCAUCCUGCUGAUUUCUGGUAUAGUUGUGUCAAUAUGCAUUUGCAAUUGAAUAUCUUGUGGAAGUGUUGGAAUAGCAAAUUAUUAUUGAAUUUAAUGGUGACACAAGUAGGAAUUGAGUUCUUAUUACACAUAUCACGAGAAUAAUCAUGUGUACACAUCUAGAGAAUGAAUGAUUAAUUCUGGAUUUACGCAGCUCGGUACUCAAGUUUGGUCUCCGGGAGAUCACUGUUGAGUACAAUACUUUGCUUAGAGAUGUGUGAUGAGGCUAAGUUGCUCUACUGGUUUUUGGAACUUGAUGACUUGUGUACAUACAUUUUUCCUUUGAGCACAAUAUAAAGUAGUUCAGCCAUAGAAUUCAGUAGUGCAGCCUUGUUUCAUCAGGCAAUCUGAGCUUUUUUAAUGUUCCGUUCACAAUAAAACAUCAAUCUUGUUGACCGAAUUCCCUUAAUCAGUAUUUGCUGAUUCAUUCGGCAUUUUUCAUUGAUACUCAAGAUGUGUAUCCUUUCUAUCUUGGACCAGUGAGUGUCUCAAUAUUCAGUGUGCCAUACAUCAACUAAGAGUUUUUAACGAGUCACUCACGUUAGAUACAGUUCCUCCUGUAAUUGGUUGCUUGUAUCAUAAAUGGUACCUAUUAUUAACUAGUACUCAAGCUGUAUAGGUACUUUGAAUUUUAAGAAUUGCUGGGUGAGGAAAUCAGCAGGAUAAGAAAUUUUCGCCUUGCCCUGCCGCUAACGAAGGCUGAUCACUACACAGUGAAUCGGCAACGAAACUCACUGCCAGCUGGGCAGGGGCAGUGUGUACUCGCGGAAUGCAAAGAAGGGAAUAACAUAUUUUUGGAAGGUGUUAAAAAACAUGUUUUUUUUAAAUGCCCAAUUUUUUAGAUGGAAGAUGUUGCAAGUAAUUAUAUAUAUAUAAACACACACAACCUAAAAAUAUUAAAAGUAUGAAUAAAAAGUAAUCUUAAGAAAUUAUUUUUUUGAAAUAAGCCCAGAAUUGAAUAGCAGGUUUAUAGUGUGACAUUCUAGUCAGAUGUUCGGUCAUAUGUAAAACUGAAAAAACAUAAAUAAGGCUUACAAGAAUGGAACAUUAAAAAGGAAUAUUGGAA